CUUUAUUGUAAUGAGUUUGCGGUUUCCAAACUAGAUGUCUCUCUGAUACAACUUGUGAUUUGACAGCUGACAGACAUUUGAAAUCGUGUUAUAAAGUUUAAAGAUUUUGCUGGAAAAAUGUUGAAACGCGAUUUGGAAAGAAAACGAAAAGAAGAACAGGAGGCAACUGCUCACGUUUUCAUGGACUUCAUAGAAACAUUCCAAAAUGUUUCGACUGGCGCACCAAAUAAAACAUUUGUUCGAUCGGAGACUUUAUAUGCGGAUGGCCAGUCGAAUCAGGUGGGUCAAAUAUAUAAUCCAAAACCUUUAGUUAAACAAAACAGGGCCAAAGGAGUCAACACAGCCAUCGAAUUUGCGAAAUUGCUCAAAGAUCCGCCGCUGGAUAAGUCAUCUAAGAAAAUCGAAAAACCAAAAUCUAAUUUAGAUCUACUGAAAGAUGAAAUCAAACAACGGCAUUUAGAAAGAGGUGAAAAGAGAGGAUUAAAAGUGAGCUCGAAUUGCCGGCUCUUAGUUAUUUUGAUGGAGGAGAUCCCAAUUCUACAAACUUGUACAUAACAAAUUUGAGUCCAAAGGUCACAGAAAAUCAUCUCAUGGUAGAAUUUGGUUCGUUCGGACCUCUGGCAAGCGUUAAGAUCAUGUGGCCCAGAGGAGAAGAAAUCAAAUCGUUCAGAGGUAGCAACUGUGGCUUUGUAGCGUAUAUGAGUCGAAAGGAUGCCGAAAGAGCUCUAUUAGCGAAUAAAAAUCGUGACGACAUGCGCGUAGGUUGGGGUAAGUCAGUCGAGAUCCCUACUCACCCAAUCUACAUUCCCAAAGAUCUUUUGAAACUCUACCUACCUCCACCCCAGACAGGACUACCCUUCAACGCGCAACCACCAGAAAAUUAUCAAGGGAGAGAAACUGAAGACAAACACUUUUUGGAGAAAUGUGCUGUCAAAGUUACCGUGCCUUUGAACAAAAAGCAACUGAUGGUGAUACACAGAAUGGUGGAGUUCGUGGUUCGUGAAGGUCCGAUGUUUGAGGCGUUCAUCAUGAACCAAGAGAUCAAAAACUCCGACUACUCAUUCCUGUUCGACUACCAAUCUCCCUUGCACACCUACUACCGCUGGAAGGUGUUCUCCGUAUUGAACGGAGACAGUCAGAAGCAGUGGAGAUUGGAACCGUUCAGGAUGUUCAAAGGGGGUUCGAUUUGGUUGCCGCCUAUCGCUCCGGAUUAUACUAAAGGGAUGCCAGAUGAACUGAUCAAGAAUACCAAUAUGCAAGGGCUGAAAUUGUCGGAGAACCAGUGCUCGAGAUUGAUCGGGAUGAUAAGAGAAUUGACCAUGAACCGUACAAGUAUAGCGGAGGCCAUGGUGUUUUGUAUAAAUCAUACAAAUGCUAUUGAUGAUGCGUUGGAGAUUAUACUAGAAUCAUUGACGAAUUCUGGUACAGCUCCUAUUAUGAAAAUAGCAAGGUUGUACUUGCUUUCUGAUAUCGUGACGAACUGUCGUAUAAAGAAAAUUAAGUUGGAGUUGGAUAACGAUCUGAAACAGUUGAUAGCAGUGUGGGAUAGCCUGGAAGAAUGUUACUUGAAGCUUACUUGCAUCCAUGAUAGGGAUAACUUCAGAUACCGAAUUAAUCGGGUAAUAACCUACUGGACAAUGUACAACGUCUUCCCAAAGGAAAUUUUGCAAAAAUUAGAGGACUAUUUCGGCAAUGCUCACACCCAGGCACAAGACGAAGAAAACUCCAGCUCUGACGAGCCUCUAGAUGGGGCGAGCCUAUUGAAGAGGUCCAUGAAAAUCAACGAUAUUGGACCCGAGGUACAAAUGCCCGUACAAGUGAAGGCAAAGACCAAAAAAGGCAUUGAUCUCCAAUAUUUCGUACCUUCAAAAUGGGAUACCGUAGAUCCUGAAGAAGUUGAAGCCCAAGCGAUGUCGUCCGAAAAGUUGUAUUAUAUGGAAACGGAGAACAAGUUAAAAGAGUCUAAGAAAAAGUCUAAGAAAAAAAGCAAGAGUAAAAAAUCUAAUAGUUGAUUUGUUCAUUAAUGUGUUAUUAUAUUGUUAAAUAUUCGUACCAUAUAAAUAAAUAACGUUAGAAGAAUAUGAAUCAAUGUAUAUAAAUACAUUACACCAUUUUCAUUAAAAACUAAGACUAGUACAAA